UAGCCAUAUGCAAGUAGAGUCGUAUCAGUUGCUAUGUUUGCUUCAAAAGAGAUCAUUGUCGGUUUUUACUCUCAUUGUCAGUUACGGUGCAGUGCUUAAAAUAUAUUUUCACGAAACAUAUCUCAAAUACGUCCAGCUAUCGUUAUCUUUUAUCUGAUACGAAAGCAAUAUCAGGAGUGGGAUAUGUCAGGAGUGGCUGAUAAGCUAUUAUCGAAACGAAAUGAUACCUAUAACGUAUCACUUAAUGGCUAUGCCAGUUUGUUAUAAAUUCUUUAAUCUAGCAUUCUUAAAGCAGAGAAACUUUAGUCAAAAUUGGUAAGACGCAAGAAUUAAUGUUUAAAGAAAGCACUUCCUCCGUUGAAAGAACUCUGGUUGAACGUAACAGAUAACAGUAGACGAUACGUGAUAAACUAACUACUUGCAAUACGGUCAAUUUAUAUACUCCUUUCACACGCAGCGUAAAUGUGUAUUACAAAUAAUUUCUUACGAUUCGAAGGUCAAGUGUUAAUUGCAUUAAAUAAUAAUGAAGUGAAAUCGAUGGCCGUAUCCACGUAUUUUUAAAUCCAGUGAUUCAAUGCAACCUAGAAGAAAAAACAUAAACGCACCUAAUCCAUGGACUUGUAGUGAUUCAUCGCUGGGUGAUACACGUAAUUAAAGAGAUCUCCCUUAUAUGUCCAGAGUCUGUCUUAUCAGCUGGAAUGCAGAAACAGUCUUGGCCAUAUCUAUAAACCUUUUUAUUAUCCUAUAUACAAUAAGCCGUGAGGGCAGAUACUGUAGUUUAGAAACCCAAAUUGUGCCUUUUCAAAAGUCCAGAUUUAUCCAACAGACAGUUCCUUCUUUCUUUUUUAUAUUAAGUCUGUAGGAUAUAGUGACGGUAUUUCAAGUGAUACUUAACAUUUUAUUAGAAUCUCCUACAGUGGAUAGCUCUAUGAAUGUUGCCUGAGAAGACUGCUUCUUUAGACUCGUUUAAAUAUUAUUAUUUUCAGACUGACCCUAAAUCCGGCAGGCAUUACAAAACCAAAUAGAAGUGAUAAUGAGCCAAUGCAAUCAGUGUAUAGUUAAAAGUGUGCAUUAACAGUGUAAAGAAAAGUCUCGGCAUAUAUGCUGCCAAAGAAUUUCAUAAAGAAUGUCUUCUUCGCCGGAGCACAGUUACAAUCGUUUCGACGGAACGGAUAGCAUAGCAACCAGACUUGAACUUCACAGUGUUGACAAUACCAGUAUCAACAGACCAUUUCCACGCAAUGCUUACGAGACAAAGCGCAGUUCAACCUACGUGCCGCACAAUCGUCUGUCGCGAUACGCCACGGCCCUUACGAAUUUGAUACCCGUUAGAUUUAAUAGCGUACCAGGAUCUGGAUUGCCUCUAGAUAAAAUUGGAUUAUUCUCAAGUGUAUCAUUCAGCUGGCUGAACGAAUACUUAUCUGCCGGUUGUAAGAAUGGAAUGACAGAGAAGCCACUUCCCACGAUUGCUCCUCAAGAUUCCUGCACGACUAAUGGACCGCGAUUGGAAGGUCUGUGGCAUGCUCAUGUUGUCGAGCGUGGCCAGGCUGGUGCUUCAGUUCCCCGAAUAGCGUGGAAGUUUGUGAGAACCAGAGUUCUUGUGGCAUCAUUCGUUUAUUUACUAGGCAUGCUUAUGUCCCUGAUGAGCCCAGUAAGACACUCUUUUAUCAAAUUAACCAAGUGGCGAUACAUGGCAUUUUUACUCUGCUUUCUGACUCACUUUCAGAUAUUUAUUCUAAGAAAAAUCAUAUUGUCUAUAGAAGAGAGAAAUAUUAUGAGCAACAAUACUAUGGUUAACAUGACGAAACCGUCAGAAAAUACUACUGCCAUUGGCAUUGGAAAUAAUAGAACUGCCGUGAAUCUAGUCACUGAAAAAAUGUCUCUAAUCACUACGACGACUCUCGCGCCAUUAGUCAGUAAACUCGGAAAUACAAGUUUGAAUGACGAAGCUAAAAGCUGGUUUGGAAAAGACAAUGUUAAGAAAUUGCCCGAGACUAUUACGCACAUAAUAAUGGUAGACGAAGUUAUUGUUUUCAGUCAUGUUGGAAUACUCAUUUUUGCCGAAGUCGUCUCUUACUUUCUGAUUGCAUGGAGCGCUUCAAUGAAUCUUAGAACUGCGAGUCGCUUGCGAUCAGCUUGCCUGGCGUUAAUGUAUAAAAAGUUAAUACGUUCUUCAGUGAGAUUUCAAGCCUCUGCACAUCAGACAAUCACGUACUUCGUUCCCGAUGGCGAAACUCUGUACGAGUUAAUCACAAACGGACCAAUGAUAAUAACAGGACCGUUUCUCUUGAUACUUACUUCCAUGCUUCUGUGGUUCCUCAUUGGUCAUUGGGGUCUGAUAGGGAUAGCUGCACUUAUUGUAUUAUACCUAUGCUUGAUCCUUACAGCUUAUCUGACAAAGGUCUUUGCCACCAAGGCAAUUGAGUACUCCUUAAAACGAUUGUGUCUUAUGGAGGAAUUUCUUGGUAAAAUAUAUCUCGCAAAAAUAACACUAUGGGACGAGUACUUCAAGAGUAAAAUAGAAGACACAAGAUGCGAUGAACUCGCUGACAUUCGUCGCGGGGGUCUCAGCGAAGGAUGGAGCUUAUGCAUGGUUCACAUAAUUCCUAUAAUUACUGUUUGUACUAUGACAAUGGCCAUUUUACUUACUCACAAACAUAUUGUCUCCACCCACUAUAUUCCAGUUCUUGUGUUGCUGCUGAUCAACUUGAAGCAUUGCAUCCGGAACAGCUGGUUAUCGAUGAGCAGCAUCUCCAGAGGGGUAACUUCUCUCCAUAAGUUGAAGACUAUAUUAACGUUAAAAGACACCGAACGCUAUCCGGACAAACCUAUAGACAGAAGUUUAGCCGUCACCAUAAACCAUGGGAACUUCACUUGGGUAAAGGACAAGUCCCUUACCGAGAAGGCAAUAAAACGCUCUUCUCAAUUUUAUGUGGAGAAUCACGAAGGGAUACCUGUCCGUUUUCAAGUACUAACCCCUACGGAUACUCUUACCGAUAUUAACUUUUAUGCACCCAAGGGGAAGUUAAUUGGGAUAUGUGGCCAACCGGGUAGUGGAAAAACUUCGUUAUUACUGUCUCUAAUGGGACAUCUGCAUCAUAUCAGCGGACACGUUGCAAUGGAUGGUUCUUGCGCCUACGUACCUGAGUUGCCAUGGUUACUGGAAGGAACUUUGAAGGAAAAUAUAUUAUUCGGCGAGAUCUUCAACUCAAAUAGAUAUUACAGAGCGAUACAUUCUUGCUUGUUGCACAAUGACAUGAAUUGCCUACCCGAGUCUGACGAUACCGAUCUCGCUUUUGUAAAAAUGAGACCGGCACAAAAGCAACGUAUCGCCUUAGCCAGAGCUGUUUAUGUGCAUAGAGAAAUAAAUUUAUUGGACAACCCCUUAGCUGAUGUAGACAUUAACGAGAGUAAAGAUAUAUUUGAGAAAUGCAUAAUGCAUGCCAUGGGUUCAAAAACAGUAAUAAUGGUUACUGACAAGAUACAAUUUCUGAACAGAUGUGACAUCAUUUAUGUUAUGAGAGAAGGGAGAAUCGUCGAGCAAGGGACUCAUGAAGAAUUACUUCAAUGGAAUAGCGAAUACACGCAGCUGAUUAAUUUUUGUAUGAAAAAGUAUCAGCGAAAGUAUUACAGGGAAGGGGAACAGAUCAGUACAUCAUCCACACAGCUGUUAAUGGCUGCUGUACCAAGGGGAGUUCUCACGAGUAUUAGUACCAAUGCAUCACUGGAUAGUGUUCUUGAUGAUAUCGACGACUCAGAUUUAUUACAGCAUGAGCAUGACACGGAUUUUCCAAUAAAAUAUUGUAAAGAAAAUGGAAAACCGCUUAUCCAGUAUGGCAUAUAUGUAAAAUAUGCCAAUGGCUAUUGUUUAAAUAUUUUUAUUUGCUUACUUGCAAUCUUUUAUACAUUCCUCAUAGCAGUUGCACCAUUAUGCUUCACCUAUGUAGCACAGAAAACCAUCAAGGAUAACAUACACAUCAUUAUAACUUUUGCUGUUAUGCUUGGAUCGUGUCUUGUAUUUGGAUUAAUUCUUAUGGGAAUAUACAACAAGACCGUUUUUAAUGUUGCAAAGAAGGUGCAUGACCGAUGGAUGGAUACCAUAUGCAAAGCUCAUAUAUCACUGUUUACCACAACUCCAAUGACAAUUCUUUUAAAUAUCUAUACUUUGUAUUUACAGCAAGUUGACUCUGCAUUGCCAAGAUCCAUUAUAACUAUUCUAAUCCACAUAGGAAUAAGUGCAUUUAGUGCUUCGAUACUUGGAUUGAUUUCACCCUGGCUUCUCAUACCCAUUGCUAUUUUUGUACUGAUUACUAUUUUCUACAGUAUAUACGUCAGAGGUGCAAUUUUGACUUUGUACAAGGCAAAGGUGAGUUCCACAGUGCCCAUGUUCAACCACUCAGUGAAUACAAUAAAUGGACGUUCUGUCAUUCAAGCGUACCAUAAGGAGAGGGAUUUUACUAAAAAAUUCUACCGCUACUGCGACAACAAUUCAGCGUUUGACUUCAUGCUGUAUUCUGUCAAGUUAUGGAUUGAGUACAGAAUAAAAAUGAUAUCAGGAUUGACACUUGGCGUCAUUAUUUUCAUGUGUGCAUCACUCACUACAAUACGUGAUCGUUUCGAAUUAAUGGGUCUGGCUUUUAUUUGUACGCUUCAGUUUGCUAUGAGCGUAAUAUACUUAACCGGAACAACUACUAGGGCUUAUUUCAGUUUCAUGGCUCUGAAUGGUAUAGACAAUUACAUAGAGAAUAUCAUAAAAGAGCAACCUGGCACGGCAAGAUUACCAAAUAAUUGGCCUGUCGAGAGCAAUAUCAAAUUCGAUAAUGUACUGCUACCAAAUGGAUUAGAAGCGGAUGCAAACCAAGAGCCCAUCAACUUUACAAUUGCAUCAGGAGAAAAAGUUGGCAUCAUUACUACCCUCGAUUGUGGAGAAUCGUUAGUAUCAGCGCUGUACAAAUUCACAGAUGUACCAACAGGUAAAAUAUAUAUAGGAAAUACCAACAUCGCAGAUGUGCCUUUGGAGAAAUUAAGGCAGUGUAUCAGUUAUAUACCCAGUAACCCACAUCUCUUCGAUGGAAGUAUAAGGCAUAAUUUAGACCCCACUGGAAAGGUGACAGAUAAAAUACUCAUGACUGUACUUCAGAGAGUAUUUCUGUGGGAAAAGGUCUCAAAACUCUCAGACAAAUUGGAAACCGAUGCGCGCCACAUAUUCACAACCGGUGAAAAGAAAUUAAUGUUUCUUGCACGAGCCAUUUUGAAGAAAACUAGCAAAAUAAUAAUUAUGGAGGAGUCGACCACAAAUUUAGGACCUGACGAAGAGAUUGUUGAAAUAGUACUAAGAGACGUUUUUGGAGGAUAUACCAUAAUUGUGCUCUCUAACCAAAGAGUUCGGUACUGUGAAAGGACACUCAUUCUUAAUAAUGGAAAGGUCAAUGAAACUUUUAAUAGAAAGUCAUCCUUGUCGCAACAUAGCAUAGCUACAUCUGAAGUGUUUAUGUCAGUGCCUGUUAGAAACGUGUUUGAGACGAGCUUCUAA